GCUAGCCUUCUCAUACUUUGUUUUUGUUUACUGCUUGCGCCGGUUCUACUUCUCAACACUUUUUGACAUUUGCUAAUUUUGUCAUUUUCGAAGAAGUAGAGUCAUGCCACUCUUCGGGGAAGUAGUUGAACCUGUUUCGCGUGCUUUGUACAUCGACGAAAGUAGUGAUGACGAAGAUACACAAGAGGAUUUGGCAACGAAUGCUGUAAAAGUUGAGUGGAAAGAUGAGGCUCCCAAUAGCUUAAAUACUCUCCUUCUCUUCAAUGGUAAACUUUCUGGAGAUUUUAUGCUGAAGGUUUUGCAAGGUAUAAAUUCUAAGUCAGCCGUGCUGCUGAAAGAGAGGUUGUUGACCCGCAGUAAAGUGUCCAAAGAGAUUCAAAUAUACAAGUUAUCCAAUGGAGUGUAUGGAUGUUUAUGCCCUACUGUAGACAUUGGAAACUCCAAUCUUGUCUUAAAUGAGCUUCUUCCUGUUUUUAAACUAAGCAGUCAAGUGAUAAUUGUAUCUACUGUCCCUGCACCAUUUUACAAAGGCAAUGAUCCAACUUUAGACUUGCCAUCAGCAUUCAUGAGAAUUCUUUACACAUCAACAUUUGACAGCAAGGAUGUUAUAGCACCUUUAUUAGAGCCACCAAAUAUGGUAACUGGUGUUCCAGCUUCAAUUUUAAAUUGGUGUGAGGUGUUCAAAAAGCCUGGUUGCCUGUACAUCUGCUAUAGUGAUUCCAAUCAUUUGGAUUCAAUUUCAGCUGAACCUUUGGUAAAAAUAUUUUCUCAUGUAUUUCAAGGACUCUUUGACAAAAAAGUUUUAUCUUUCCAGUCAGCUAUACCGGCACCCUCUUCCAAUUUGUACAUGUAGCAAACAUUGUGUUAAAAAUGUAACAUUUAAAAAAAAAUUGUAACAUUUUAAAAUAAAGAUGUGACGGUAAAA